AUGAACGCGAUAUCCGACUUUUUCUGGAUCAACGAUCUGGUCGGCUCGUUCCUGGGCUUCGCCUUGAACACCCUGCUGAUCAUUACGGUGGUGUGCAGUAAGAAAAAGAGACGAUUGGAUCCGUAUGCAAGGAUGAUCAUUGUCAUGUCCCUCAACGAUUUGUUGUUUUGUGCGUUCGAGCUGGGAAUUCAGCACGUAAGUUGCUACUGUAUAACUGCAAGGUUUUGUAUUACUAGUCCGUUCGCAAAGUCGCUGGAGUGAUUUCGGCGACAUGAACUGUGCGAAAACAAAAGUUUCCUUUGCACUUCACUUUUUCUUUCUUUUUUGCACCGGGCAACAGGUUUUUUUGGGCUGUCGCUCUCUAUUUUUUUACCAUGGUAAAUUACCGUCUAUAAAUAAUUUCAGCUCCUCUGCGUCGCCGAGUACAAAAUGUUUGUGAAUGCGCAUGGAUUUGAGCAACAUAUCCCUACGUGGCUUCUACCGUACACCUUCCUCAUCCACGACUUCCUCUUGAUGAACUGUCUUUCCCUACUCCCGGCCAUCUAUUGCUAUCGCUAUGAACUCAUGUCAAGGUUGGUUUUUGACUUUCUCCCAAAAAACCGUUGGCCCUCUAUUUUAUACCAUAAACUUUACGAAAAUUCAAAUAGAACGUAGACCUCAAAGUACCCAAAUUGUUUUCGCGUGUGAUGAGGGUGUAAUAAGUUAUUACACACUAGUCGGGUCGUUCUUUACUGUACUUUCAUCGAAAUCCGAGUGUCUCACUUGAAGAACUUCCUUGUUUCGGGCACUAAUUUUUACAUUUUUAGUCCAGGCCGCGCUGAAGAGUGGCGCAGCAUCCUGUCAAAGGUCGGAAUCGCAUUGUUCUCAUCGCUGAUUUGCGCCGUUUUUGGGAUGCUGGCGGUGCGAAAAAUGCUGACCAGAGACAAAAACAUGUACAUGGAAACAUUGCCUUCGGCAUGGAUUUUCGGCGACAAUCAGACGUUCUUUCUAUACGCUGUUGACCUGGUAAGAUGCCGGUCAAUUUAAUGAAUACGAAAAUUUCAGAUGGACUGGGAAGGUCUUUCUUGGAUCUUUACUACGUCGAUAAUUUCGGCGAUAUCCUUGUCGCUGACCACCUACUACGCCUGGAAAUCGUAUUCAGCGGCCAAUAUGAAGUUGAGUUUCAUCAGUGCGAGGACCAAGAGCUUGCAAAAACAGUUCACAAAGAGUAUUCUGGCACAGGUAAAUAACAUUUCAUGUCACCGUUUCUGUCUCUUUUUAUUUUUAUUUUUUAUUCGCGAUAAACCUCGACUUUUUUCUAGACGAUUGCCAUAAUCCUGUUGGAAAAUGUUCCCGCAGGCGUCCUGUUCACCGGCACCUACUUUGGCUUCAACAGCAACUUCUACGGCACUCUGAUCAUGUGGCCGCUCUCGUGGGUGUCGGCCGCCGGCGCCGGAAUCACGUUCUACUUCAUGAAAGAUUAUCGCAACUGGCUUUUGCAGGCGCUUCAUCUCAGGCAGAAGACCGUCGUACGAUGGAACACCACCUCGAAGGUCUCGCUUGAUGUAAUUACCCGGCCAGGCGCCAAUAGUACACUGUCCGGCUCAACAUAA